AUGAAUGAUAUGUCGAUGAUAUUUGAUGAUGAACAAGAUGACGAGGAAUGGACUUCGACUGAUGACGACGAUGAUGAUGAUGAUGGCGAUGAUGAUGAUGACGAUGGAUGGAUUUUGUAUGAUGACAAUUAUUGUGAAGACGAAGGUAAUAAGUUGUCAUAUCAUCAUAGAGAGCCAGAAGAAUUAAAAGAUCUUGACUGGAAUGCUUUACCAAAUUUUAUACACCAUCUCGACUAUAACCAAUUGAAGAUACAUGAACGUCAAAAGGCUCAUGCUGAAAAUCGUACUUUAUUAUCUAUUCGACGUAAAAUGAUUGCUGAUAAACUUAUUUGCAGAUUACCAUACAAGGGCACUGAAUAUUACAUCACUUCUAAAAAGAAUUUUCAACAAAAAGAAACUGAUUAUAUGAAACGAACGGGUGCUUACAAAUUAAUACAUAUUCUAACUGGAGCUCAUCGAAAUGUUAGUCGAACAUUUCUAGCCAAUAUUGUCGAGCAGGUAAAAAUGAAAUUGCAUAAUUUAUUUGAUUCAAAAUGUAUCAGUGAAGUACACUGUAAUAAAAUGAAUAUUGAUCGAUUAUCGGUUAGAAUGCAUUAUCUUUAUUUUGUUCCAGAAACUCACAAAGAAGGAAUUCCAGUUCAACCAAUUAUGAUAUGUAAUGAUGGACCAACCAUGAACAUAGUCCGUUAUAUAACACCUCUUCUAUGGUCUAUUUUUGAUCGAGCAACUAAUUGCAGACGAUUUUCCAAUGGUGCUAUCGAUGCUAUACAUGCCAUUGAACAUUAUGCUCAAAUAGGCCAUCUUAAAUCUCGAGCUCUCUUCGUCACGUUCAAUAUGGAUGAUUUGAUGAGCACUUUUUCUCAUGAUCAAACAAUUGCAGCCUUAAAAUAUUUCCUUGUUGAAUAUUUAUCAGAUCAGAAAUUGGAUGGUCUUACAAUUGAUACUAUUUUAGAAUUAGUUCACCUUGUUUUGAAUAAUCAAUUCUAUGUUUAUAAUUACGCUUUGUAUCAACAAAUUCAUGGUGGUGCUUCCGGUUUACCAUUAACAAUGUUCUUAGCCUUCAUUAAUGUGUUUUAUGGACAACAUCGAGAUAUUGUAAAAUUAAUGAAAGAAAAAAAUGAAUUUUUCGGCAGAUAUCGAGAACAAGCAAUUUUAACAUGGCAUGAAUCCGAAGAUGAAUUUCGUACAUUGUUCAAUCAAGGUGCUAUUAAUACUGAACAUACUCGAAAUAUCGCAAAAAUGUUCAUUGGGUCAACUGUACACUUUCAUGAUCUGGAAAUUAGACAUGUGAAAAAUGGAAUGCUCGAAAGUAAAGUUUAUUAUGAUAAAGAUAUUGAUAGUCGUCUACCCAAUGUGUCCGAUGAACCACCAAUAGAAAACAAAUCAAAACAUUUACAUGCUGCUCUAUAUCGGGCUGUUCGAUGUUGUUCUGAUGUCGAGAAAUUCGAUCGUGAACGACUUCAUAUCGAAGUGUCAUUUCUGACAUCUGGUUUUACACCAGAAUUUAUUCACUCGGGUAUGGAACGUUUUUACCAAGAAUUUGGUAUAUCAGGAAAAUUCUUUCCAUCACUUUUAAAUGAUAAUGAAUAUGGUCAUUUACGUCAACGUAUUAUACAAGAUGUUGAACUUCAAAUGGAAUUGAAGCAACAGCGUGAACGACAAAAACAACAUACACUAUUCAUACCACGUCUACGUUAUCUUGAUCAAAAAAGACAAGAUGUUUUCAAGGCACGUUUUCAAGAUUGGUGGAAGAAAUAUUACGGUAAUGAACCAAAAACGAAACAUAUUCAGAUCAAAUGGAUAGAGCGAACAUCAACUCGUUUGGAAAAUAGUGAUAUUCUAAUCAAUAAACGACCACCUCUUCAUCUGUUAACUUUAUUGAAACAUGAUCAAAAUAAAAAGAGUUACCGUCCUAUUGAUGGUCUUUAA